GACGAAAAUAAAGAGAGAGAGAGAGAGAGAAAAACAUUAAAAAAUACCGUGAAAAAUAAAUAAAGAAAACAACAACAAAAGUGCUGUGUAAAUGAUAAAGAAUUUCAUGUCCGUUGUUUGAUUAUUUUAAUAUUAAUAUUUGUGUUAACAAGUUUCUUCUACAACAAUAAUAACAACAAAUAAAUAAAACAAUACAAAUAUUGAAACAAAACAAACAAAGCAUCAGCUCUUUGUAAAUAUCUGCUCACAGUGUACGGAAGAGAUUUCAAAACCCGUUGAAUUGACAGCUGAGGAUAUCCUUCCGGAAACGCCCCUUCGAAAAAGGAUUUUGCAAUAUACCUCCAUAGGUAUUUCAACUUUAAAUUUCGAAAGCAAAAGUAUCUGCCGCGCAGCCCUAUUUGACACCGCAAUAAAAUGAUGAUUUAAAAAAUACAUAUAUAAAACAAGACAAAACAACAAUAUCAUGAUUGGUGCUGGUAACAGGCAUGUAUGUUGCUGACAAAACGACUUGUUACUGGGUCCAAAGACAGUUGGUAUAAAAUUGAAAGAAUGGCAACACCGGCUGAAACGCAAAUGCAGGAAGAAAGUGAUCCUGAGAAUCACAUGCUACACUCGGAGGCAAUAUCGGUGGCGGCCAGUACAAAUGCUCACAGUCCAGUCAGUCAGGAAUUAAGUCCAUUGGCAACAUUGGGUCACAAUAGCAACAGUAAUCAUAGUAAUGCAAAUUCACCGGCCAGUACGGGUAGCAACAACAACAGUACAUCGUUUGCAUCGGGAAACAACAACAUCAGCAGUGCAGCCAAUUCACAGUCAUCCACGGUGUGUGCAAUAUGCGGAGAUCGGGCCACGGGUAAACAUUAUGGAGCCUCCAGUUGUGAUGGCUGCAAGGGCUUCUUUAGACGCAGUGUACGCAAAAAUCAUCAAUACACUUGCAGAUUUUCCCGCAACUGUGUCGUGGACAAGGACAAACGCAACCAAUGCCGCUAUUGCCGUUUGCGCAAAUGCUUUAAGGCUGGCAUGAAAAAAGAAGCCGUACAAAAUGAACGUGAUCGCAUUAGCUGUCGUCGCACCUCCAACGAUGACCCGGAUCCCGGCAAUGGCCUGUCGGUUACAUCGUUGGUCAAGGCCGAGCUGGAAAGUCGCCAAUCGAAAGCUGGUGCUGCCAUGGAAACAAAUGCCAAUGAAGAUCUCUCCACAAAACAAUUUGCCAGCAUCAAUGAUGUCUGCGAAUCAAUGAAACAACAGCUACUGACACUAGUCGAAUGGGCCAAACACAUACCGGCCUUCAAUGAACUGCAGCUGGACGAUCAGGUGGCCCUGUUGAGGGCACAUGCCGGUGAGCAUUUACUCUUGGGACUAUCACGUAGAUCGAUGCAUUUAAAAGACGUUCUAUUGCUGAGCAAUAAUUGUGUCAUCACCAAACAUUCACCAGAUGCCAGUGUUUCGCCUAAUUUGGAUAUAUCACGCAUUGGUGCCCGUAUAAUUGAUGAGCUUGUAAUGGCCCUAAAAGAUGUCAAUAUAGAUGAUACGGAAUUGGCCUGCAUUAAAGCAUUGGUGUUUUUUGAUCCCAAUGCCCGUGGCCUUAACGAACCCCAACGCAUAAAGGCAUUGCGCCAUCAAAUCCUUAAUAAUUUGGAAGAUUAUGUCUCCGAUCGCCAGUAUGAAUCGCGGGGACGAUUUGGUGAAAUUCUACUCAUAUUACCAGUGCUGCAGUCCAUAACCUGGCAAAUGAUAGAACAAAUUCAGUUUGCCAAAAUCUUUGGAGUGGCUCACAUUGAUUCGCUGUUACAGGAAAUGUUAUUGGGAGGAGAAUUAACCGACAACAAUACUCCACUGACACCACCCAAUCUAAACAACUACAGUCCCAGUCAUGGUUUGGAUGUUAGUCAAGUUACCUCUUCCCUGGAUGUGCUAUCGUCACCCUCAAGCAGUGAUCAUUUAAAUGAUGCCAUUUCCACAUGCAUGGACAAUUCAUUGGAGGCCCAAUUGAUGAUGGAAAGCAGCUCGGUGAAUGGUCAUUUUAAUUUAAUGACUUCAUUGAUUUCACGUUCCUCCCAUCAAAUGAAUGCAGCAGCCGGGGCAACGGGACCGGCAAUGCGUCGCGAAACCAGUUCGCCAUUAUUAAAUGACAGCGAUCGCAGCAAUGAGGCAGAUCUUUCACGGAAUGUCAAUCAACAAUAUUUGGAUUCAUACAAUCAAGUUCGAUCUGCAAUGCAGAACAAUUUACAACAAGCCAAUUUCCAACAUCAUCAAGCCAAUUCCAAUUCACCGCAUCAUCAUCAACAACAACAACCACAGACGCAGAGCCAGCAGCAUUCACAACAUAAUAUGGGACCGGGACCCAUGCCUACAAACUCGCCACCACUACAUCGCAAUCAUCCCUACCAAAGAUCCGAUUCUAGCCCAUCAUCUAACCCCGUUAAUACUAACAACAACAGCAGCAAUCCCAGUCAGCCACGUAAUCCUGCAGAAAUGACAUUAAAUGAAUAUAAUCGGAGUGAGGGCACCCCAGAGGAAAUGCUUAGAAGAGCACCACUAAAAAUACGCUCCUCCGAAGCCUUAUCUGCCCUACCCAGCAAUCUUCCUGUGACCAGCAGCAAUACCACCACCUCCCUUAACUCCAAUUACAUUCUAAAUCCCAUGAUUGAUGGCAGUGAUGCCUAUCGCAUGACUUUAAAACAGGAACCUGAAACAGGUUACUAAACAGCAGGUGCCUUUUUUCCAAACAACUAGCCUUAGCAGUUCUCUCACAAAUGAGGGGACUCCUUUACACAUAUACAUAUAUACAUUAUAGGACAUAGUCAUCAAAUUCUUUUGGAUUACUUUGGAAGGUUUCUAUUCUCUAGGUUUAAUUAUACAGACUUUUAUAAAGGAAAAAUUGUUUUUUUUUUAAAUUGUUGAAAUUUUGUUAUAUAAUAUUUUAGUUUAGUUUGGUAAUUAGGUUUUAUUGCUAAAAUACACAAAAACAAUUCUUUCCACACCCCUCCCCCAUAUCAUUUUCCUGCGCGCUUUGACUAUUCUAUUCCUAUUUAGCAUGAACAUUUUGGCAUUAUAGUCUCUUUAUAAAUAUCACAUAGUCUUCCUUUUUUUUUAUUGAGCAACUAGUUCUUGUUUUUAGCUAUAAUAAAUAAUAGUUUUAAAUUUUAU